GAAAACUUGAAACGCGGCGGCGGCUUUUUCCUCGCGUUCACUCACCAUGGCCAUGUCGAUGGGAGCAGCAAAGCGGGGCAAACCCAGAAUCCGCCCCCCGAAGAAGAUCGGCCCCGACACCUCCAUCAAGGACACCUGGGCAAAGCUCGCCGCCGCCAUCCGCGAGAUACAGAACCACAAUGCGUCCAGGCUCUCCUUUGAAGAGCACUACCGCUAUGCGUACAACCUCGUCCUCUUCAAGCACGGCGACCAGCUGUACAGCGGCGUCAAGACACUCGUCGUCGAGCACCUCGACCGGCUCGCCCACGACAGGAUCGUGCCCGCCUUCCCCCGCAGCGGCGGCACACGCGGUGCAGGCAAGCUCGGCGGCGGCGCCGAAGCCAUCGAGCGCGCGACAGAGGGCGACCGUUUCCUGAAAGCCGUCAAGGGCGUGUGGGAAGACCACACGGGGAGUAUGCGCAAACUGAAGGAUGUGCUCAAGUACAUGGAUAAAGUACAUGCCCCGACGGCAGGCGUCCCCCCCGUCUACGAACUCGGCCUCUCCCUCUUCCUCACGCACAUCAUCCGCCAGCCCACCAUCCACACCCACCUCAUCUCCACCCUCCUCUCCCAGGUCCAGCUCGAGCGCGAAGGGUUCACCAUCACCCGCUCCACCGUGCGCGAAUGCAUCGAUAUCCUGCUCCGCCUCAGAGUCCCAGAACGCGAGGGCGGCGGGAACGUGUACCAGCAAGAUUUCGAGCCCGAGUUUCUCAGAAGGAGCGGCGAGUGGUACGAGUACGAAGCAGGCGAAGAACUAGUUCAUGGCGAUGCUUCCCUCUACCUGUCCAACGUCUCCCGCCGCCUUGCCGAAGAACACGACCGCACGAUCCACUACCUCUCCCCGUCCACUCUCCCGCACCUCGAAUCCCUCCUCAUCAGCUCCCUCCUCACACCCCACCUCGUCACCGUCCUCAACAUGCCGGGCUCCGGCCUCGUGCAGAUGGUGGAUAAAGAUCGGUACGGCGAUCUGAAACGAUUAUACGAGCUCUUUGGCAAGGUGCCCGGAGACCAAGGCGUCGCCGCAUUGAAACACGCCGUCGCGGCCGAUAUCGACCUCAGGGGGAAAGCCGUCAACGCCGGCACGGCAGACGUCGAUCCCAACACGGCCAACCCGAAACCGACCCCUCCGCUGACCCUCGCCCUCCAAUGGGUCCACUCCAUCCUCCUCCUCUUUGACAAAUACACCCUCAUCCUCGCCUCCUCCUUCUCCUCCUCCCUCGCCCUUCAAUCCACCAUCAACUCCUCCUUCCAAACCGUCAUCAACGCCCAUCCCCGCGCACCCGAGUUCCUUUCCCUCUACAUUGACGAAACCCUGAAAAAGGGCAAGGGCGCAAAGGGCGUAGGUAUAGCCGGCGCAGGAAAGGGCGUGACCGAGGAAGAGAUGGAAGAGGCCAAGGAAAAGACGAUACGCAUCUUUAGGUUUUUGACGGAUAAAGACAAGUUUGAGAGGUAUUACAAGAAUCAUCUGGCGAGGAGGUUGCUCAGUGGGAAGAGUGUAGGUGGGGACGCGGAGCAGGAGAUGGUCGGGAGGUUGAAGAAGGAAGUUGGAUUCCAAUUCACACAUAGGUUGGAGGGCAUGUUUACAGAUAUGAGAUUAUCAGACGAAGCUGCAAACAUUUUCGGUAACGAUCCAAGAUACAAUGACAUCCCCUUCACCCUCCACGUCUCCGUCCUGACCUCGUCCAACUGGCCGCCGUCCACCCUGCUCUCCCUCCCACUCACUUUCCCCGCCCCCCUCCUCCCCGCCCUCGAACACUACCAAACCUUUUACGACUCCCGCCACUCUGGCCGCCGCCUCACAUGGCAAGGCCUCCUCGGCUCCGCCGACCUCAAAGUCCGAACACGCAAAGGUCAAUGGGAAGUCAACCUCUCCACCAUCGGCAUGGUCGUCCUCCUCGCCUUUUCAGACCUGAAACCGGGCGACGUCCUGUCGUACCACGAGCUGAAAGCGCAGACGUCGUUGCCCGACGCAGAGCUGGCGAGGACGCUGCAGUCCUUGGCCUGUGGGAAACAUCGCCUCUUGGUCAAGCAUCCAAAGGGGAGAGAGGUCGAGCAGGGCGAUACAUUCGAGUUUAACGAAGCGUUUUCAUCCCCUCUUGCCCGGAUCAAAAUCCUCCAAAUCUCCUCCUCCUCCUCCGCCGCCUCCACCUCCACCUCCUCCGCACGCGGCGUUGGAGUCGAAAACGCACAAGAAAGAGAAGAAACAGAACGCCAGAUCGAAGAAGAGAGGAAACAUCAAGUCGAAGCGUGCAUCGUCCGGAUCAUGAAAGACCGCAAGACGAUGCGGCAUAACGAUUUGGUUUCAGAGGUGGCGCAUCAGUUGGCCAAACGGUUCAUGGCCAGUGUGCCCAUGAUUAAAAAGAGAAUUGAAGGGUUGAUUGAUAGAGAGUAUCUCGAGAGAACAGAAGAUAUGGGAUCGUAUCGAUAUUUGGCGUAGGCAACAAAAAACAAGGUAUACAGUCGGCGUUGAGUUUCUUCUGGGAAAGUGGGAAAGAAGAAUGGAUGUAAAAAGUCGAUAAUUUAAUAAUGUUUGUAUUGCAUGUUGUGGAACCUUUUAUCAACUCUUUUAAAAGUCGACCCUCCACAAGUGCGCUAGGCAAAAGCGGCGACAAAGAGGUGUGUAAAUAAGACCAAAAAGAUGUAGGAUGUCAGA